AUGGCGGAUGAUGCCAUGAUGCAACUUACAAAAGUAUUUUCAGCUAAUGUGCCACUAUCUGAGCGCGAGGAUGAUGUUCGAAGUAUUUGCUCUGUUCGCUCAAAAGAGUCUAAUGUUUCCAGAUCAAUUGCAGCUGCUCAUGAAAAGGCAAGGUUACAGAAAGUUCUUUCUGAGAAAAAGGUGGAACAAUUAAAAAGAGCUAAAGCAAGGAGAUUAAAGGAAGAGCAGUUAAAGUUAGAAAACCAAAUUGCAGAAGCUGAGGAUGCCGUGGAAUUAGCUAAAACCAAGGUUAAAUUUUAUGAGGAGCUUGAAGAUCCCCUUGGAGGUUUCAUUAGCAGGGCAAAUAGUAUACAAGACCUAAACUGUGAGGAACAGCUAAAAAAUAUUGAACCAAAACGCAUUAUUAAGGAAUCAAUGGAAAGAGACAGGAAGCUUGAGAUUGCGGAACAUAAACCCAAGAUAAAGGAUGAGAAGACAGAAUUGGAGGCAUCACUUGCGGAGAAAUCAUUGCCUGGGACAGUUCCAGGAACGUAGCAUGAAUCCGGAAGCAGCCCCCUUUAUUUAUAGAGCUUUACCCCACGAUCGAGUUUGCUAGCCUGGUAGUGUAUCGUUUCACACACCUGCAACUGAGACUAUGAUGGCAAGGCUCACAACCAGUAUAGACUCGAUAGUAACUCCCUCCUUUGUAUGUGGUCAAAUUCUCUGGUAA